CCAAUUCUGACCAUUUCGCCCCCUUAAGGAUUUCAGAGCCAAGCACUGCCAUGGUUGAAGAGUUCAACUCCUGGUAAUCCGCGGUCAGCCUGACUCAAAGAACCCCCCUAGCCCUCAGGGUUCACAGUCGACCCCCUGAAAAAGGCGGGAGCGGGCGGCAGUAUGGAUGUUCCUUGACGACCCCGCCACCCCUCGCCGCCGAGAGUCGCUGCGGUUGCCCCACCAAAUUUUGAGUCAACGGUUCGAGUCACCUUUAUUAGCCGGGUGAGUCCAACUUUCAAGGGAAUUGUGCUCGACAAUCGCUUUACACUUUUUCCUUCUUUGCGAAAAGGCAGGACACAAUGGCGGCCGCGGACUCGGACAAGCGUUUUGCUCUCAUCAAGGAGAACCUCGCCGAGGUGCUGAACGAGGAGAUCAUCAAGAAGAUCCUCGAUGAGGGGCAACAUCCCAAGAUCUACUGGGGCACCGCGACAACAGGCCGCCCACACUGUGGCUACUUCGUCGCCGCCAUCAAGAUCGCCCAGUUCCUCGCCGCCGGUUGCGACGUGACCAUCCUCCUCGCAGACAUCCAUGGCUUCCUCGACAACCUCAAGGCGCCGCUCGAGCUGGUCAUGCACCGCGCCGAGUUCUACCGUCACAUCAUCAUCGCGACGCUCCAGGCCAUCGGCGUGUCGACGGAGAAGCUCCGGGUCGUGCUCGGCAGCUCGUACCAGAAGAGCCCCGAAUACGUGAUGGACGUGUACAAGAUGGCGUCGCUCAUCUCGGAGCACGACGCGAAGAAGGCCGGCGCCGAGGUGGUCAAGCAGACGGACAACGCGCCCAUGAGCGGCCUGCUGUACCCGAUCCUGCAGGUGCUGGACGAGCAGUACCUGGACUGCGACGCGCAGUUCGGCGGCAUGGACCAGCGGAAGCUGUUCACCGCCGCCAAGGACUGGCUGCCCAAGCUGGGCUACCGAGAGCGCGCCCACUUGCUGAACCCCAUGGUCCCCGGCUUACACGGCGGCAAGAUGAGCUCGAGCGACCCGGACAGCAAGGUCGACCUGCUCGAUCCGCCGGAGACGGUUGCCAAGAAGAUCAAGAAGGCGCACGCCGCGCCGCAAGUUGUCGAGGAUAACGGCCUGCUGGCGUUUAUCGAGUUCGUUUUGCUCCCUGCGGCGCGUCUCCGCGGGAGUGGGGAGUUCCGCGUCGAGCGUGAGCGGGAUGGGUUGGAGCCGCUCGUUUACACAGAGGUUGAGAAGAUCCGCGAGGAUUACAAGAACGAUGUGUUGACGCCACAACUCAUCAAACCCGCCGUUGCGAAGGAACUUAGCUCGCUGCUAGCCCCCAUCCAGGAGGCAUUCCAGAAUUCUAAGGAGUGGCAAGAUAUUGCUGAGAAGGCUUACCCACCACCCCCGAAGAAGGAGAAGAAGGUCAAGAACAAGGGGACACGCUACCCUGGGGGUGGUAAUGAGCAGGCUGGGAGCAAAGACAAGGAACUGCCCGUCCGGCCGAAUGAGCAGACUCCUAACUGAUUCGCGAAUGGGAUGCUAUGAUACCCAGGCUACUUAGUCUCGAGAGAUGUAAACCUCGGGGCACACGUGGUGAUAGCCCGAGGCGCAACGAGUGACUGUGCAUGUACUCUUACCCCUAUAUUCGAAACGUCGGGUUAUGGUGUCACCAUAGCUUCGGGAGAAUUUAUUCGUUCAAGGUUCACCAUACAGGGGUCUUCACGCUCUGGCAGUUGGCCGAGAUGCCCGUUGUAACCGGACGUUGAAGUUAAGACUCGAAUCGAGCAGUUACUAAAUCC